UCCCUGUCGCUUUCUGUGCGUGGGUGGGCGUGCAUGUGUGCGUGUGUGUGUGUGAGGGUAUACAUUUUUAUGCAGUGGGUGUUUAAAGAGCUAAGCACUGAAGCUGGAUUUCCACAAACGAUCAUCACGAGCACUCCAGGCACACCAAACUUCCUCUCUUGGAUGGAGGAUGAAGCCGUCCUGGACAGAGGGGCUUCCUUCCUUAAGCAUGUGUGUGAUGAAGAAGAAGUAGAAGGCCACCACACCAUCUACAUCGGGGUCCAUGUGCCAAAGAGCUACAGGAGAAGGAGACGUCACAAGAGAAAGGCAGGGCACAGAGAAAAGAAGGAAAAGGAGAGAAUCUCUGAGAACUACUCUGACAAGUCCGAUGUGGAGAACGCGGAUGAGUCCGGUAGCAGCGUCCUAAAGCCUCUCAUCUCUCCCGCCGCAGAACGCAUCCGAUUCAUCCUGGGCGAGGAGGAUGACAGCCCAGCGCCCCCUCAGCUCUUCACGGAACUGGAUGAGCUGCUGGCCGUGGAUGGUCAGGAGAUGGAGUGGAAGGAGACAGCGAGGUGGAUUAAGUUUGAAGAAAAAGUGGAACAGGGUGGGGAGAGAUGGAGCAAGCCCCACGUGGCCACUUUGUCCCUUCAUAGCUUAUUUGAGCUGAGGACAUGUAUGGAGAAAGGAUCCAUCAUGCUGGACAAGGAGGCUUCUUCUCUCCCACAGUUGGUGGAGAUGAUUGUUGACCAUCAGAUUGAGACAGGCCUAUUGAAACCUGACCUUAAGGAUAAGGUGACCUAUACUUUGCUCCGGAAGCACCGGCAUCAAACCAAGAAAUCCAACCUUCGAUCCCUGGCUGACAUUGGGAAGACAGUCUCCAGUGCAACCCGCAGCCCGCUUGAGAACUCAGUGCCCUGCCUAGCAACCCGCACCUUGGACGAUGACCCCCGAGUGCGGCGCUCUCCCAGCGUGGGAUGGCUGAGUAGCCCAGCCAUGACCCACAGGAAUCUGACUUCUUCCAGUCUGAAUGACAUCUCUGAUAAACCAGAGAAGGACCAGCUGAAGAAUAAGUUCAUGAAAAAACUGCCACGUGAUGCCGAAGCCUCCAACGUGCUUGUUGGCGAGGUCAACUUCUUAGAUUCUCCCUUCAUUGCCUUUGUUCGGCUGCAGCAGGCCGUCAUGCUGGGUGCCCUGACUGAGGUCCCUGUGCCCACAAGGUUCUUGUUCAUUCUCUUAGGUCCUAAGGGGAAAGCCAAGUCCUACCAUGAGAUUGGCAGAGCCAUUGCCACCUUGAUGUCUGACGAGGUGUUCCAUGACAUCGCUUAUAAAGCGAAAGAUAGGCAGGACCUGAUUGCUGGCAUUGACGAGUUCCUAGAUGAAGUCAUUGUCCUUCCCCCCGGGGAAUGGGAUCCAGCGAUCAGGAUAGAGCCCCCUAAGAGUCUUCCAUCAUCUGACAAAAGAAAGAAUAUGUACUCAGGUGGAGAAAAUGUUCAGAUGAACGGGGACACGCCCCAUGAUGGAGGCCACGGAGGAGGAGGACAUGCGGAUUGUGAGGAAUUACAGCGCACUGGAAGGUUCUGUGGUGGACUAAUUAAGGACAUAAAGAGGAAAGCACCAUUUUUUGCCAGUGAUUUUUAUGAUGCUUUAAAUAUUCAGGCUCUUUCAGCAAUUCUCUUCAUUUAUCUGGCAACAGUAACUAACGCUAUCACUUUUGGAGGACUGCUUGGGGAUGCCACUGACAACAUGCAGGGCGUGUUGGAGAGUUUCCUGGGCACCGCUGUCUCUGGAGCCGUCUUCUGCCUCUUCGCUGGUCAACCACUCACUAUUUUGAGCAGCACAGGACCCGUUCUAGUUUUUGAGAGGCUUCUAUUUAAUUUCAGCAAGGACCAUAAUUUUGACUACUUGGAGUUUCGCCUUUGGAUUGGCCUGUGGUCAGCCUUCAUGUGUCUCCUUUUGGUGGCCACUGAUGCCAGCUUCUUGGUUCAGUACUUCACUCGCUUCACUGAAGAGGGCUUCUCUUCUCUGAUUAGUUUCAUCUUUAUCUACGAUGCUUUCAAGAAGAUGAUCAAGCUAGCUGAUUACUACCCCAUCAAUUCCAACUUCAAAGUGGGCUACAAUACUCAAUUUUCCUGUGUUUGUAUGCCUCCCAACCCAGUUAAUAUCUCCAUGUCUAAUGGUACCACAUUGGCUCCUGAAGAUUUGCCACCUAUUUCUUCUACUGACGCGCACCAUAAUGCUACCUUUGACUGGGCACUUCUGACGACGAAGGAGUGUUUGAAAUAUGGAGGAAAGCUCAUGGGCAACAACUGUGGUUUUGUUCCUGAUAUCACUCUCAUGUCUUUCAUCCUUUUCUUGGGCACCUACACCUCUUCUAUGGCUCUGAAAAAAUUCAAAACUAGUCGUUAUUUUCCAACCACGGCAAGAAAACUGAUCAGUGACUUUGCCAUUAUCUUGUCCAUUCUCAUCUUUUGUGUAAUAGAUGCCCUGGUAGGUGUGGAUACUCCAAAACUGAUUGUGCCAAGUGAGUUCAAGCCAACAAGUCUAAACCGAGGUUGGUUUGUUCCACCAUUUGGAGGAAACCCCUGGUGGGUGUACCUUGCAGCUGCUAUACCUGCUUUGUUGGUCACCAUUCUCAUUUUCAUGGACCAGCAAAUCACAGCUGUGAUUGUAAACAGGAAAGAACAUAAACUCAAGAAAGGAGCUGGAUAUCACCUGGAUCUCUUUUGGGUGGCCAUCCUCAUGGUGGUGUGCUCCUUCAUGGCCCUUCCGUGGUAUGUGGCUGCUACUGUCAUCUCCAUUGCUCACAUCGACAGUUUGAAGAUGGAGACAGAGACUUCUGCACCUGGAGAGCAACCAAAAUUCCUAGGAGUGAGGGAACAAAGAGUCACUGGAACCCUUGUGUUUAUUCUGACUGGUCUGUCAGUCUUUAUGGCUCCCAUCUUGAAGUUUAUUCCCAUGCCUGUACUCUAUGGUGUGUUCCUGUAUAUGGGGGUAGCAUCUCUUAAUGGUGUGCAGUUCAUGGAUCGUCUGAAGCUGCUGCUGAUGCCCCUGAAGCAUCAGCCUGACUUUAUCUACCUGCGCCAUGUCCCCCUGCGCAGAGUUCACCUGUUCACUUUCCUGCAGGUGCUCUGUCUAGCCCUGCUCUGGAUCCUCAAGUCAACCGUGGCUGCUAUCAUUUUCCCAGUCAUGAUCUUGGCACUUGUAGCUGUCAGAAAAGGCAUGGACUACCUCUUCUCCCAGCACGACCUCAGCUUCCUCGAUGAUGUCAUUCCAGAAAAGGAUAAGAAAAAGAAGGAGGAUGAGAAGAAAAAGAAAAAGAAGAAGGGGAGUCUGGACAGUGACAAUGACGAUUCUGACUGCCCAUACUCAGAAAAAGUGCCAAGUAUUAAAAUUCCAAUGGACAUCAUGGAACAGCAGCCUUUCCUAAGUGAUAGCAAACCUUCCGACAGGGAAAAAUCACCAACAUUCCUUGAACGCCACACAUCAUGCUGAUAAAAUUCCUUUCCUUCAGUCACUCGGUAUGCCAAGUCCUUCUAGAACUCCAGUAAAAGUUGUGCCUCAAAUUAGAAUAGAACUUGAGCCUGAAGACAAUGAUUAUUUCUGGAGGAGCAAGGGAACAGAAACUACAUUGUAACCUGUUUGUCUUUCUUACAACUGACAGUUUUUGUUGUUUAUGUUCUUGUUUUUUGUCUGGUUGUUUAUUUUUUAAUUUUUGUUUGUUUUGGUUUUUGGUCACUGGCCAAACAAUACAGUGCUCUCUCUGCUUCUCUCUUGCAUAGGUAAAAUUAAGACAGUAGUGCACCGUUCCUUAUAAACAACAUCUGAAGAAUCCCCUCUUUGUUCUUAUACUUUCAAAUGUGUCCUCUGACAACCAAAUUCCUCUGUCUCUCAAGACACACACCGACCCUGUCCUUUUCCUUUAUUAAGCAGAGGACAAAAGUAUUAAGGAUUUUAUAACACCUUUUAUUAAAAUAUUGAAGGAACUUCCACCUUGAGCUUUGGAGCUGUGCUUACUGGCUUGUCUUUCUGUCUGGUUGAACAAACCUUGACCUCCAGACAGUCCCUUCUCCCUUAUAGCACUCUCCAGGACUGGAAAAAGUGCUGCUAUUCUAACUUGCUCUUGCUUAUAAACCCUAAUCUCUUAAGAGUUAUCAAAAGAAAAACUAAAGGUACUUUACUCCCACUAGAGAAACUAUUGCCAUCAUUGUAGCAAGUGCUGGAAUGUCCCUUUUUUCCUAUGCAACUUUUUUUAACCCUUUAAUGAACUUAUCUGUUGAGUACAUUGAAGAAUAUUUUUCUUCCUAGAUUUUGUUGUUUAAAUUAUGGGGUCUAACCUGCAACUUAUUUUUUGUCAAUUUUUUAAACUUUUUUUUAAUUACUGUAAAGAAAAUGAAUUUUUUCCUGCAGCAGGAAACAUAGUUUUGAGUAGUUCUACCUCUUAUUUGUAGCUGCCAGGCUUUCUGUAAAAAUUGUAUUGUAUAUAAUGUGAUUUUUACAUAAACAUACACACACACACACACACACACACACACCACCUCUAGGGUAUGCCAGAGGGCUAGAUCGGAUUAAAAACACCAUGUUUCUAAGCAUCCAUUUUUCCCUUUCUUUAAGAGAAAUUUAACUGUUCUAUGAAGGAGAUUGGGGGAGGAGGGAGACACUCCUUUGUAAUGGGAAUAACUGAUGUUUUGAUAAUAGUAGUAUCCGGGCAAAGUUGCUGAUUGUAUUACCAUUUUGAUGUCCUAUGCAGUAUUGUUAGACGUUUUUUUCAUUUUGAAAACAUUUGUGUGUUUGUGUAUGUACUCUGUGUGUGGCUGGUACACAUAUGUGCAAGGGUAGAAAGAGACAGAAUGAUGGUAGGCGAAGGGCAAAGUUAUCUAGCCUCUCAUGUCAGUUUUUAAAAAACCCAAAUCACAUAUGAAAAAUCCAUCAGAGGUCCAGGAGACUUACUCUUAUGCAAAUGAGGGUAAAUAUACUUUAUUACCCAGACAGCAGUCACCACCACUGAUACAAUAGCCCUUAUUUACAAUACAAAAUGCAUAGGACUGUGAUAGACCAUUUUUAUAUUUAUAAAGUGUCUAUGAGAAUGCAGUUGGAUCGCAGAAGUAUAUAUAUAUACAUUUUAACAAUACUCACACUUGUCUUUAAGAUUGAAAGGCAAUUAUUCUUUGUGAUUGAGGCGUAUAGAAUAUACGUGUCUAUAUACGUGUGUGUAUGUGUAUUUCAAAGUACCAUAUUGAAAGUUAGAAAAAAGAAAAUUAGAUCUUUAACCAAAUUUAGCAUGUUAUCUAAAUGUAGUGUUUUAAUAGGCUGCAUUAUGUAUUAUGAAUCUGCAUUAAAAACAGCAUUUUAAAUGUUGAAUCCAUAAUUUUGGAUUCCUGUAACCAUAUUUGUGAUAUAUGCUGACUAUGGUCGUUGGAGGAGUACUAGAAGCAGAGCGAAACCACUUAUUUUGGUUUCAUAAUAUGCACAUAUUGACUCCCACUCGUUCUUAUAUUAAUUAAAUUACAAUUCUGUCCUGUUGAAAUUUUGAUUAUAAAAAUUGUAUUGUUCUAAAUUAACUGUUACUUUUAUAGUAUCUGAUAAUCUUAAAACUUGAAAUUUUAUACAAAUUAGACAUAAAUGACCUACAAUUUUUUUCAUUAAAAUGAAGGUGGCAAAGUGAAUGUUAUUUGUUAAAACCUCACAUGCCAAAUUUUGGCAUCAUGUUUGUAUUUAGAGCUAUCCUUAAAAUGAUUACUCUGUAUUAUCUAGUUUUUCAUUACCUUAAUAUAAAACUAUAUGAAGCUUUUCUCUUUGUUUCUCCUGAGCAUGAAUAAAAUGUUUAAAAGCCAUGCAUAUUAAAUUUAGCCUAACCUAGGAUCUUGUUAAAUUAAAGACACUUUUGUUCACUUUUAUAAAAGCUCUAGAUAGAAUAAUUUAUUUUUCUGAUCAUGAAUCAAGUAUUUGAGGAUUCAUGCCCCUCUCUGUCCCUUUCAAAGAACUCCUGAAGCAACUUAACUCAGUAUUUCAGCCUUUGAGUAUAUCUAAAAGCUACCUGCACCUUCAUUUAUGAUCCAUAUUCUGUGACAGAAGGUCGAUACUCAUGAUAUGAAUGCCGAGUGGCACCUUGUAUUUGCUUUAAAGGAACAGUUAGUAUCAAACUUUUUCAAUAUUUUGGAACCCAGGGAAGUAUUUUAAAAAUCAUUUACUUUCAGAGGAACACAGAUAGUUACCAAACAAACAAACAAACCCUGAGGUCCACACAGAGCCACCGAAUUAUCUGUAUUUUAACUGAAUUUACACACUAUCAAAGAACUAACCAGAUUUUUGGUGGUUUUGUUUCUCUGUAAACUGGACACACAGAAUACAACAGUAAAUUUUUUACCAAGUGUCUCUUCCUGAUGUAAAUACAAAGAGAAGAGAUUCAAGUUGUUAGAAGUAAAGCAGUAAGUGUAGUUGUUAACUAGAAGUCCUGUGGUAGUACAGACUUACCAUUGGAAGGAAAGCAUCACCAGGUCAAGAGUCUGCUUUAUCAGAGCAGAAAGGCCCAUGGUUUUGCAUUUGAAAGAAAAUCUUUUGGAGACACUGUUUUCUUUGAAAAAAAAGUCACUCUACUAUGUAAAACAGUGGCCAACUUGGAAUCCUAAUCAUUUUGUGUUCCACACUGGGAACUGGAAUCAUUUUGUGGUCCAGUCAGGCAGUAGAGUGGGGUGGGGGGAUGGAGGAAGUCAGAGAAGUAGGAAAACAAACCUUUUCUACUCAGCCUCCCACCACCUCAAAGAAAGGGGGAAAGAGAAACAAUUGUCUGCUGUCAGAAAUUCAGUUGGUAUAUAUUUUUAUGCACAUGCACCAACACACACAGAGUAAAUCUUUUAUCAGCUAUAUAUCGGUGUUUAAUACAGAGAAUGAUUGUCUUCCAAGUUUUUGCUUCUUUUUUUU